UUGCAACAGGAAGGGGAAAAUAUUUUCUAUCUGGCUGUGGAAGAUAUUGAAACAGACACAGAACUUCUGAUUGGGUACUUGGACAGUGACAUGGAAGAAGAGGAGGAGGAAGAAGAAGAAGUAACUGUUAUCCAGGAAGAUGAAGACAGUGGCAACAAUAAAGAAGUGCAACCAGCUGGUGAAAAAAUAGCAGAUACCCUCACCUGUAAAGAGGACCAUGCAUGCCCAAACUGCGAAUCCAGUUUUGCCAGCCAGGAGAUUCUAGCUGAACAUCUUCAGACCUUGCACCAAAAACCCAGUGAAGAAAAGGAAUUUAAGUGCCGAAACUGUGGAAAGAAAUUCCCUGUUAAACAAGCUCUACAAAGACAUGUACUUCAGUGCACAGAGAAUAUCAGCCCAGGAGACUCUUCAAGAAGUUUUCAGUGCUCUGUUUGCAAUACUUCCUUCAGCUCAGAAUCGAGUUAUGAACAGCACAAGGAGGCAUGCAGAGGGGAUGCCAGAUUCAUAUGCAAGGCAGAUAGCUGUGGCAAGAGGUUCAAGAGUAAGGAUGCCCUGAAAAAACAUAAAGAAAACGUUCACAGUGGAAAUUCUAGGAAGAAGCUGAUGUGUUCAGUGUGCAAUAAGAAAUGUUCCUCAGCAACAAAUCUCCAAGAGCAUCGAAAGGUCCAUGAGAUCUUUGAGUGUCAGGAAUGUGACAAGAAAUUUAUUUCAGCUAACCAGCUAAAACGCCAUAUGAUAACUCAUUCAGAAAAACGCCCCUACACCUGCGAGGUUUGCAAUAAGUCCUUCAAACGACUUGAUCAAGUGACUGCACACAAAAUAAUACACAGUGAAGAUAAACCUUAUAAAUGCAAGCUUUGUGGAAAGGGAUUUGCCCACAGAAAUGUUUACAAGAAUCACAAGAAGACCCAUUCUGAAGAGAGACCAUUCCAGUGUGAGGAAUGCAAAGCUUUGUUCCGAACCCCAUUCUCUCUGCAAAGACAUCUGUUAAUCCAUAACAGUGAGAGAACCUUCAAGUGUGAUCAUUGUGAUGCUACUUUCAAAAGAAAGGACACAUUAAAUGUUCAUAUUCAAGUUGUACAUGACGGACAUAAGAAAUACAAGUGUGAUCUCUGUGACAAAGCUUUUGUGACACCCUCAGUCCUGAAGAGUCAUAAAAAAACUCACACAGGAGAAAAAGAGAAGAUUUGCCCGUAUUGCGGACAGAAGUUUGCAAGCAAUGGAACACUGAGAGUUCAUAUUCGAAGCCACACAG